GGAACAAUCACCUUACCAACGCAUUAUAUUUACUUGUACAGCUAUCAGGAACAAUCACCUUACCAACGCAUUAUAUUUACUUGUACAGCUAUCAGGAACAAUCACCUUACCAACGCAUUAUAUUUACUUGUACAGCUAUCAGGAACAAUCACCUUACCAACGCAUUAUAUUUACUUGUACAGCUAUCAGGAACAAUCACCUUACCAACGCAUUAUAUUUACUUGUACAGCUAUCAGGAACAAUCACCUUACCAACGCAUUAUAUUUACUUGUACAGCUAUCAGGAACAAUCACCUUACCAACGCAUUAUAUUUACUUGUACAGCUAUCAGGAACAAGGCUCUUAAGACCAAUUUACGUAAUAGCACCUGAUUGUGAGGCAUCCAUGACUUACAUUAAUCUGACAUGGGGUUGUGACCUUUCCGUGAUUUUCUCUAGGGGCCGUGGUUAUUCAUAUUGCUCCAUUAUUUCCAGAACUCGAGAACGAACUUAAAUUAGAGAGAGAAUAUAGAAACACGGCAUGAACUUGGACACUAAAGAGGAGAAGUUGAGCUCAAUUAAGAUGGCAUCUAUGAUUUAGAAAUCCCCGAUUGGUAAACCAGGAAGUUUCAAACACGGUUUUUUGCAGAGACUUGUCUUAUUGAGAAAAAUAAAUAAAACUCAUUUGUUCAUUGUGACAACACGUAUGAAGCGUCAACAAAAGUUUUACAAACCACGUGGAAAUCCAUUUUUUUCGAGAACAAUUGACUGAAAUGAUUGAGACGCGUGAAUCUGAUGAGUGAAAUUCCUUUGAGUUUCAAGUUUAAUUGUUGUUAUUUUAUUGGUAACAAUAGAUCAGUUGCAACUUAAUGGAGCCAUUGGUAUUCAUUAACUCAUUUUUUGACCAACAUAAUUUAUGAUAAAGGAUUACUCAUGAUUUGUUGUGGUAAGAUUAGACUUAAAGUUAAAACAUGUAAAGCAGAAUGUACUGUGUUAUUUGUAUCUUGUUGGCAUCAGCCGUGGAAGCAUUAGAUGUGAAACCCCAGAGGGAACUGUAUACUCCAGACUACAGGAUUUACCACAAUGUAUCUGAGAUUUCAAGAAAACUCAGAGAUUUAAUUGCAAAAUACCCCAGUUUCAUACGUGAACAUGAAACAUCCCAGCGUUCAAGAAAUGGCUUAAAACAGUUUGUUUUACAAAUUACCAACUUUGAGUCCCACCAUCAAAAUAAGACAGCAAAAAUACUUAUGUCCUUUGGAGAACAUGCAAGGGAGUUUUUGCCUGUGGAAACCCUGUUUUAUCUGAUAUACCAGCUUCUACCACCCAGAUCAGCAAUAAAUCUGAGUAAUUUUGAGAUUUAUGCAAUUGCACUAGCAAAUCCUGAUGGAAGGUUGUAUGUGGAAAAGUCUAAAAAUUAUUGUUGGAGAGGCACAUAUCCCAGCGGUGUGGAUAUAAACAGGAAUUUUGAAUGGGAGUUUGGAGGAAAGGGAAGCUCAGGAGAUAAAAAUGAUGAAGAAUACAGAGGUCCAUAUCCAUUUUCAGAACCUGAAACUAUAAUUUACAAAGAGCUGACAGAUAAGAUUCACUUUGAUGGGUUCCUGUCUUUACACUCUGGGACACGACAUAUUUACAUUCCUUAUGCAGAUACAGAAUCUCAAAGGUUAAGGCGAACUCAUGAAAACGAAAAAGAAAUGCGAACGUUAGCAUGGGAGAUGUCAACAGCCACAAAACACAAAUAUCUGUACGGUAAAGCGAUAGACUUGACAAAAUACACGGCAGAUGGGACAAUAUUUGAUUUCAUGGCAGGUGUCAAAAAUAUUUCAUUUUCAUAUGCCAUUGAACUAUGGGGCCGCAAGUUUAGCAAAUCCCCGAGCUGCUUUGAUCUCUUUAAUCCUCCAAAUGACCAGCUAGAGAAGGUUGUGCAGGAAAUCUAUCAAGUGUAUGUUAAGUUUUUGAAUGGCAUUUUGAACUGGAAGCGUAACAGAGAAAACCAGGCCCACUAUAUUCAGGCAAUUGCACAACUCAAUAUUCCGUACCUCAUACCAGAUGCGGUGAGUGUUCUGCAUUUAAUGGAUGCCCCCACAAUGGAGUCAUCGCUACUGACCGUCGGUGUGCUGUUUGUGCUUAUAUGCGUUAUUCUCGUCAACGAAAGACAUUUCCUCUUUAGACGUGUUUUUUUUAAAUGACAGCUGACCAGCAUUUUAUCAUUGAGACUCUAGAUACUUCAGGAUACCGAGAGAGACAUUAUUCGUCAUUUCGAACUCCUUAAACAAAGUCUAGCAGGGGUAUAUAGGAGUCACGCUGUUUAUUGAAUGGUUUGUCUGUUCCUAUAUCGGUUUUGUUCGCUUGAAAUGUUUUCGAGCGAAAACCUUUUACAUAUCUCAAGUAAUUGAAUUAAACUUGACAAAUGCCAUCCCCAUGAGGUGUAGAUAAAGUUUUCACACACAGUAAGCCAUGCAUUUGUGAGUUAUGUCCUUUGAAUUUAGCUUUUUGUAUGAAUUAUAUGUGAUACGUUUGUGGAGCGAACUUUUUCUGUAUCUCUCAGACUAUUGAAUUGAACCUUGAAUUUGUUCAUAUCCAUGAAGUCUAUAUUGUGCAAGAUACUUUUUUCAUGCAAGUUUUCCACACAUUCCUUAGUAUUCUGUCAUUGACAUGAGCCAUUUUCAUAGAGGAAGCAUAACAUAUUCUACACUUCUUUUCAUUCCCAUCAUGACCAACACAUUUCUGAGUUAACCCUUUGCAUGCUGGGAAAUGUGUGGUCUGCUAAAUUGUCGUCUGCUGAAUUUCUUAAAUAAGCAUUUUCUUCAUUUUUUUCAAAAAAUACUAUCAGAAUAGCAAACAGUUUGGAUCCUGAUGAGACGCCACGUUCUGUGGCGUCUCAUCUGGAUCCAAACUGUUUGCAAAGGCCUUUAAAAUUCGGUUCCAGCACUGAAAGGGUUAAAUUCACUUGGACUAAGUCAUGCGGUUGGUAGGCCUGUGGCAGAGUGGAGCGGUGGUAUUUAGUCACGUCUGUGACAAAGUUUUGUUUAAUUUUGAAAUGUUAAAUUUUAAGAUACAAUGUACACAAAUCAGUUUGGUAAAAUUCAAACAAGCUUGAUCAAAAAAUGAAUGUUUUUUGCUUUGUUAUAUUUUAUACCUCUUUUUUAUUAUUUCAUGAGGCAGGGCAUUUACAAUUUGUUACCAAAAUUUGCGAAUUCCCCAAUUGAAAAUGUAAAUUUUACCACAUUUUAACACUAAAAUUUACCAUACUUGGAUCACAUUGGCAAAGAUAUAGAAAUAUUUGUGAGCAUGUAUUAGAAAACUAUUUGUAUGAAUUUUAUACAUGUUAAACAAAUGUUUGUCACUUGAAGCUGUAUGUAUAGUGAAUGUUUUAAAUGAUCUCUUUAAACUCUUUGAAAACUUUAAUUGUACAUAGGUUGUGUAUAUCAAUAUUGUCUCGAACAUUUAUCAUAUGACUUUCAUUAAGGUUGGUAAAAUGGCCAUUGGUCGGUUUUAACCAACAUCCGAAUUUGCAUGCCGGCAUUGAUCUGUCUCAUAGAAAUUCACAGCUGCCCACACGGGUAGUUAAUCAAUGUUUAAAUAAUUAGUAUUCAUAUUACUUUCACGUAUCAUGUAUUUUCAAGUAAUUGUACUGAAGUUUAUUUGCUAUCUUUUUAAAAUUACGUGUAAAAUAAUGCAUGAUAUUGAAUAUUCAUUUAUUUGAUAUUGUUAUUUAAUAUAUUAUUUAUUAGUAUGAAUUGCUUAUCCUUAAUGUAUCAUAAAUUAAUUUUUCGACCGUUUGACCCUUUUUUUAUUGAAAUUGAGUAACGUUUUGAUAAUAUUUACACGAUUGCAUGUAUAGUAUUUCAAGAUGAUACAUUGGACAACUGACACUUUUUUGUCACUGAACUUUUACUAGAGCUAUUAGGUAAAACAUACACAUAUAAAUAGAUUUCAUUUUUGUCAUUACAAAUGUGGCCAUAUUGGGCCAGAAAUGACUUGCAAGUGUUUAUUGAUGCUAAUACAUGUAGACUUUUUGCAUCCCCGAAAUAGCGGAGAGCUAUGUUUAGUUAAUUGACCAGUUCAAUCAGCAUAGAAUUAAGCUUCCCCUUGAUUGUUCUACCGUUGUUUGGUCCUUCGAGAUUGCUAAUUUAUUGAUGUGCUUUUUUGUUACUACUGAAACAUAAUCAUUUAUGAUUGACUAAUUCAGAUCGUGAUUUGCUGCUUAAAAACUCUGUAGAAUUAUAUACAUAUGCUUUUGCAUUAUUUACAUCAUUAAUAUAUACCUAACACCGUUGGUUUGUUUUACAUUUUUGCAAAUUAAGAUAUUUCACAUUGUUGUCUUUAUUUGUUCCAUAUUUAUUUGUAUUGCAAUAGUAUGUGGUAAAUGAUUAUACACAAUUGUGAGUUGUUAUCUUAGUGUGAUGGUUAAAAUGGCAGCAGCCCACAAAUCCGAGCUUCAAUUACUUGAUAUUGUUUUGUAGCCAUAUUUAUCCUGUAUUGUACAGACAGUUGGUCACUUGUCUUUAAUAAAAGGCUACCAAAGAUAACGAGAAUUUUCCAGGUAAUGUGUCUGGAGUUUCAUAUUUAGCUCACCUGUGCAACGCUCAAUGUUCGCUUUUGCAACCGCCUUUUGUCAGUUGUUCAGUGUUAUUUGUCAGUAAAUUUUUAAUUGAGGACAUUUUGUUCUAAACCAUUCAGCAGAUUUUAACAAAACUUCAACUGAAUGAUCCUCUUUCAUUUUCAGUGUUAUUCAGAUUAAACCGGUAUGGCACAUAAAAUUAUGUAGGUCCUCAGCUUAAUUAAAUUUGGUUAGUAACAUCAUAUAGUGGUCUUCUGCUAAAUUUGUUCAAAUCAUGCCUCAGUGUUAAAAUUGGCGGCACUUGAUUAUUAUAUUGAUUUAUAUUGCAUGAUAAUUGUUUAAAAAAUAUCCGAUGAAUCCACAAAGCAAACAAGGUUGAUAUUUGGAUGUGAAUUUAGUAUGUGGUUUUCUAAAAGACUGUUCAAAUCGAGCCCCAGUAUUAAAGAUGGGACACAGCCCAUUACACAUUUGAGUCAAUGUAGGGUUAUCCUCAACCUCUUGUCAAUAUAUUUUGCUGUUUGUUUUGUUUUCUAAUUAAACGGCGAAUGAUUAUAAUGUUGCUAGACUUUCCUAAUUUUUCUAUGAACCGAAUACGAAACUCUCGCGACAGGUUAGUCUAAUUCUUCGCUGUGAGACAAAUGAUAAGAAUAUAUUACUAGUAUAUACUCAUGCAGUGUUUGUCUUUAGUACACAUAUAAUAUAUGCUCAUGAAGUGUUUGUUUAUAUCUUUGACUAUACCUUUAUUAAUAUGUUGACUUUGCUCAGUUCAGCCUGUGAUAUUAUUAAUAUUGUUAUGAUAUUUUUACAAUUGUCAUAAUACAUACUAUUUUACAUAUGACCCACGUCAUGCGAACAUGGGUCUUAUGCCUUAUGUUGUCAGCGUAGCCUCAGUCCAGCAUGGGCAAUUGCACAGUCUGCUUCGGAUGUACGCUUUUUUUUAAAGUCACACAAUGUUCCGUUGUCUUAUCAGCGGACAGAGUAGCUCCUGAAUUGACUUCGCAGAUGAUCAGGCUGGUCUGGUGCUACGCUGGCCGCAUAUGGGAUAUGAUCCAUUUUCUCAUGACGCGGGUUAAAACACACACACAAGAGCACUCCAAGAAAUGUGUUACUAGUCUGUUUUUGUUUGUGCAUGUAUUUUCUGCCUAAUUGUCUGCUUUGUUUUGAUGUUCAUUUGUAUAUCAAGUGAUUUAUGUUUAUUGUAUAUCCAGUUGUUAGAUACAGAAAAGUUCUGAUAUUGUUUCUGCAUAAUAUACAUUAAAUUGAUUCGUCAGUAUUAUAUAGAAGAAGCAAAACUCUAAGUGUUCUUUAUCAAUAUCGUUUGUGUGAUUCACUGAAUUCGUAUAAAAAAUGAAUUUGAAUCAGCUCAUUUAACUCAUGAUAUGUUUAUGUUUUAUUUUAGAAUUGAAUCGUGUGUUGCUCUCGAGUAUUUUAUAUUUUUGUCCCCUACCGGUGAAACCGUAGGGGACUUGAGGUUUGCGCUCUGUCAGUUUACUGAUUCAGUCACAAAGCAGCGUGGAGCUAUAUGUUAUGUGACGUAGGAUUGAUGAGUUUUGAUUAACUUAAUGUUCUACUUUUGUCUACCAUUCAUUUUAAUUUGGCAGCAACAAUAUUUAUACGCAAUUUUGAUCCUACAAAUAUAAACAAGAGGGCCUGAAAGGCCCAAAGUCGCUCACCUGAGAUAACAAGAUAUUAUUGGAACAAAUCUUCUGACCAAGUUUCACGACGAUCGAAAAAUAAAUGUGGCCUCUAGAGUGUUAACAAGGUUUUACUAAAGCAAUAUAAGGAAAAAUGCCCCGCCCCCUGGCAGCCAUGUUAUUCAACCAACCGGCAUCGUUUUUUAACUCGUCCAAGAUAUUAUCGGGAUGAAUCUUCUGACCAAGUUUCAUGAAGAUCGGACAGUAAAUGUGGCCUCUAGAGUGUUAACAAGAUUUUACUAAAGCCUUAUAAGGAAAAAUGCCCCGCCCCUUGGAAGCCAUUUUUCAAGUAAACAUAGUUAUUUUCGAACUCAUCCAAGAUAUCAUUGAGACCUUUCUUCUGACUAAAUUUCAUGAAGAUUGGACAAUAAAUGUGGCCUCUUGAGUGUUAACAAGGUUUUACUAUAGCCAUAUAUAGCCAUAUAAGGAAAAAUGCCCCGCCCCUGGUGGCCAUGUUUUUAAAGCAACCAAAACCAUUUUCGGACCCAUCCAGGAUAUCAUUGGGACAAAUCUUCUGACCAAGUUUCAUGAUGAUCGGAAAAUAAAUGUGACCUCUAGAGUGUUAACAUGGUUUUACUAUAGCCAUAUAAGGGAAAUAGCCCCGCCCCCGUGGUAGCCAUGUUUUUCAACCAACCGGCAUCAUUUUGUUACCCUUAAUAAUACAGUAUAUUCGCGUUAUAAUAUCUAAAGCAUCUUUUCCUUGAGAAAAAUAAUUUCCUCAGUUCAAUAAAGGAUUACGCAAUUAUAUUACCUUUUUAUAUACCGGUAGAUGCAUUCAAAUGAAGGUUUAUUUGGUUAGGUAAGGUCUGGUCUCAUAGUAUUUAUAUACUUCUUAAGCUGUUGUUGUGUUGUUGUUGUUGUUUUUGAAGUAGUAAUAGUUGAAAGUUACAAAUAAGCAAUUUUGAAUUAUAUUAAAUUCUGUUUUUG